CGAAAGAGAGUGGGAUUCGAGGAAAUGCACAAUCCAAUCCCGGCAAAGCCGUCCGCACAGUUUCUUGAAUUCCCGUUGUGAGCAGUUGUGGAUUGGCUCCUCGGUAUCCAUCGAGGACGAAUGGGAGAAGUAUCCACAUAUCACAGUAUCCGCAGUAAAAAAAAGAAUAUUGCAUUGCAAACUCAAAAUUAGUGAAAAAAAGAAUGAAAAAUAAAUGUGCGAAGAUAAACGGAAAAAAAUAUAAAAACAACUUGCAAAUAUUAUUGAAAGAGAAAGUGAAAACAAAAUAAAAAAAUUAUCAAACAGCAAACGGACUAACGAAUACAUAAUAGUUGGAAAAGGAAAAAAAUUGGUCUUCAGUGUAGAAAGAGUAGCUAUCCAAUUUUGCCUGGCUUUUAAACUUUCCUCGUGUGUGCCUGUGUGUGUGGAAGUGGAACGCCAUAGGACAAAUUCAAAAUGUCGGAUGACCAACGUCAGCCGUCGCAACAGAUGCAAAGGAGACACAAUUGCUGUCGACUGUGUUUAGCUCCAGACAACGAAUGUAUAUCCAUUUUGAACAGCUAUGCGGCCGACAAGGAACCUUUGGCUAGUAAAAUACACAGUUGUGUAUCCAUCAAGAUAUCCUCAAACGACGCGUUAUCACUACGAAUAUGUCAUGCUUGCAUAAGCUACCUAAACUCCUGGCAAUCAUUUAAGAAUCGUUGCUUGUCUGCACAAAACAAGCAAAAUUCUUGGUUAGAUGGAUCGCCGCAAAAGGCCAAAAUAAAUGCGGAAAAUACAACAGCAGAUAAUCACAGCGAGGAUCAUCAGCAACAAAAGGAUGAACAGUCAUUGGCCUCCUCCAUAUUGGAGGGCAUAUCAACGUUGAAAAAACGAAAAUCGUUAACAGUCUAUCCGCUACCUGCAGUACAAAUUAAAGAUGAACCCCUGGAUAUGGAAGAUGAGUACCAUAAUGCCAAGAAUAACGAUGAGUCCGAUGAAAUGGUGGAUCCCACAAUGUUUUUGGAACGCACUGCUGAUGAAGGAGAAGAACCCCUAAUGGAUACAUUGUCCAACUAUGAUUAUGAUAACAUAAGACCAAACCUACCAGCGGGCACUGUUAUACGAAUGAGUACCAAGGAGGCUGCAUGCAGAGCUUGUAAUUUGAAAUUUUCCACAAGGGCAAAUGCCAGGCGGCAUGAGAAGAAUUUGCAUCCUCAUCUCUUUGACACUUUAGAAGAGAAUGAUACAACGGUGAAUAAACAAACGGCUGCGCUCAAUGCUUCGCUGGAACUGCAGCGUGCAGUUGCCGCUGCGGUAGCCGCAGAUGCUUGCAAACUGACAGGCAGUGGCGUUAUAACACCUCAGAAAUAUCGGCAUGAGGUUGUUACGGCUUUCAAUAACUCCUGUGAGGUUGGCUAUGACUAUGACAAUCCUGAGAAGUAUCAACAUUUGCUGACCGAUGAAAAAAUUGUGUUCUUGCAACAAAAUGAUGAAUUCUUGCGACAAUACCAAGCGAUGACCUGUCGCUGCUGUAACCGUUUCUAUACCACCUACAAAAACUUCAUGGCCCACAUGCGUAAAAAGUACCUUACACUACCCAGAAAUUGCUGCUUCAACUGCUUAAAACUCAACGAUUCCAAGGCGCUGUUCAUUUCGCACUUGAAGAAGCGCAAUUGCAUAAACCUCCACAAAGUAUUGCAUAAUUUAAUGUCGAAAAAUGCCAACUUUGCAGCGGCUGUUAGUGCCACGGUAGCGGCGGCGCCAGAAAAACUGCGGGCCAAAGAAUUGCUGGUGAACAAAAUGUAUGAGUGCAAACUUUGUCCCAAAACAUUCCGCUUGAAAUUGGAAUUUCGUACACAUGUCUACGACGAACAUGCCGAUGCUCAGCGCAAAGACAUUAACCACACCCAGUGCAGUUUCUGUGGCAUAGACAUCGAAGAUCCUGCAGAACGUAAACGCCAUUAUAACAAUAUGGAUUGUAUAGUGACGUUGCGUUGCGUCACCUGUGAUACGAAACAUGAGACGCAACAAAAAUUUAUGGAACACGUUCAGGAUAAACAUUUGGCAAAUUUCGGCGAGGCCACACAAUUCGGCAGUGGAACAGUGGACAAUUCACCAGGAAAAAUAUCUUCCAACCUGGGUGGAGGAGGAAUGGGUGGUACUUCAUCUGCAGAUGAAUCUCGCAACAGUUUCGGUGUAAAUCUUGUAAAUAUUACUCCACCACGAGCCCAGUACUUCUCGCGUAUGCCGCAGGCUUGUCCGAUAUGUGGCCAACAAUACAAUAACUACAAUAAUGUACUGCGUCACAUGGAAUCCAAACAUCCCGAUCAGUUACCUCAGACAUACAAGUGUGUAAAAUGUGGACAGGGAUAUCCAAGGUUGUCAAAUCUCCGCGAGCAUAUGGUUAGCGCACAUGGAGCCGACAAGGCUCGCCAUACGGGCUUUGAGUAUAUUGUAAAUGCGGAUGCAGUGAAGAGCGCUACCGACAGCAAUAGCGGAGGCAGUGCACAAACACAAUACACAGGACGCUACGAUUAUGUGAUGAAGGAUUUGAUGUCUAUAACAAAUGGUGGGACACUGGAUGACGACGCGGACUAUGAGAAUGCGGCAAAGAAAAUGCGUUUAGAUGGAAGCACCAGCAAUGGCAGUAACAACGGGGGCACACCAACAAAUACAAGUCCUCGAGAAUGUCCCAUAUGUAAUGCUGUAUUUGCCAACAAUAUUGGUCUAUCGAACCACAUGCGUUCGCACCAGAGUUCUGCCAAUAACAAUUUCAGCUCAAACUCCAAAGCGAUAAGUGGCAGUGGCGGAGGCAACAACUUGCAGCAAUCCGCAGCAAUACCGACUCCCCCCACUAUACUAAAGAAGUCCCUGGAGCAGGCAGCCGAUCGAAGAUUUCGCCGUAUGCGCUGUCGAAUAUGCCAGCGUCGUUUCUCUUCCAAGAAGUCAUAUCGCUAUCACAUGUUGAAUGACCAUCAAAUACGCAAUGUUCAGUUUAUAAAAUGUAAACUAUGUGACGCCGAAUUCGCCUAUGAGAAAGGCUUGAAGGUGCACAUGUUCAAAAUCCACAACACUCUACUGAAGGACGACAUGAUUAUCAAACAAUACGAAUGUGAAAUAUGUUCAAUAGUGUAUCGCACAGAUGUCGAACUGCAACAUCAUCUGGCCAAUGUGCAUAAUAAGCAUGGGGAAGCACCAGCAACAAAUACAGACGCUGAUGACUAUAAUGCUGAGGGUUCCCCUCUGAACGCCGGUGGAAUGGGUGAUAACAAUUCCACGGCUGCCGAUUUGUCAGGUAUAUCAACACCAGUCAGUGUGGUGGGAGGAGUUGCGGGAGGAGAUGGCGGUGGCGGUGGCGGUGGCGGCAGUGCUGGUCCUUUAUAUUGGUACCAAUGCAAGUAUUGUCCCUCCAAUUUCAAUACGAACAAAAAACUGGCCAUUCAUAUAAAUUCGCAUGACGAAUUCGAUUCCAAUGACUACUCAUGCAAAGAUUGCGGUAAUGUGUACAGUGGAAGAAAAAGUUUAUGGGUUCAUCGUUAUAAGAAGCAUCCUCAGAUUCCCGAGCCUUCCGAGUGCGCUUUAUGCAAGAAGAUAUUCUUCGAUAGUCAAAUGCUGGAUCACCACAUACCCACAUGCAAUCGCAAGCCCAUUAGCUCGACCAACAAUGAAGCUACUGGUCAGGGCAGCGCUAUUUAUAAGCACAAGACUGGCGAUGAUGAAGACGAUGAUGACGAGCACUCGCGUGACGCUGAUGAUUCUAUUUCCACAAAUCUGCAAGCGGCCACUGCGGGCAGUAUGAAAAUCAAGUUGCCCGAAGUGGCCUGUACGAUUUGUGGAGCUCGUUUCACAGACCAAGAGUUGUUUGCCAAGCAUAUACAGAUGCACGAAAGGGAAUUGUAUACCGACAAUCCGUUGGCUGCAAUGUUUGAUACUGGCCCUGCUGAUCCAAAUCAAUUCUAUAUGGAUCGUGUAAAUGAUAAUGGCGAGUAUGCUUGUGAUUUGUGUUCGAAAACCUUCACACAAAUGACAGCAUUUAAAGUUCAUAGGAAAUGGCAUUUCAGAGGUGAUAACAAACAGAACGAUGUCGAUCAUCUUUCCUCGAAUCAAAUUCACCACCACCACAACAACAACAACAACACCCUUCCGCACAGCAAAUCCCAGCAGAAGCAUGCCUCGCAAAUGCAACAGAAAUCGAGCAGCCAUCAACAUCCGCUGGGAUUACAGGCAGUGGGUUUGAUGCCGAGACAUUCAGUCAACUCAUCUGCACCUCACUUACCGAACAAAUCCCAGAAGCGUAAGCGCGAACUCAAAUGCCAAUAUUGCCCGUCCACCUUCAUCAGCAACAACAACUUGCGUAGACAUUUAUUCGAACUGCAUAAAAAUGAAAUUGGCAAUUUGCCAGAACCACCGCGAAUUGAAUGUGAUGUGGCGAACAAUUGUCGCAAGUGCAACAUUAAGUUUGAGUCGAAAGCCGAAUGGAUUGAGCAUAAGGUGGCCGAGGCUCGUGUUAUGAAACCAUUCGGUCCAUUCCAAUGGGGUUGUGAUCUGUGUGGCGCUUAUGUAUCACGCAAAGAAAAGCUCAUCAACCAUCUGCAUAAUCAUAUGAAAGAGCAAGUCAUAGUACCAGUCGAAUACAAUGAGUCCGGCCAACAGAAACACCAGCACAAUACCUCCGGUGAACAGCAAGAUCAUGGUGAGGAGGAGUCAUACGAAUUCAAGAAGAUAAAAUUACCCGCAUUGCAACAAGAAAAAAUAGCUGCCAUGCAAACUGAAGCAGAAUAUGAAGAUGAAGAGGAUUCGCGUGAUAGUGCCAAAGAUCGGGACGAUGAGGAUGAUGAAAAUGUUGAGAAUGGCGACAGACAUAGUGGUAAUAUGGCCGAUAGUGAUGGUGUCACUCAAUACCAACACCCAGGUUUCGAAGAAGAUGAUGAAAUGGAGGAGGAAAUACUUGAGGGUGAAUUCGAUGAUUUAGCGGUGGGAGCCCAACAAACAGUCGGUGGCGAAGAAGACGAGGAGGAAGACGACGAUGAUGAUGACGAUGAUGAAGAGGAGGACGAUGAUGAUGACGACGAUGAGGAAGAUGAUGAUGAUGACGAUGAUGUCGACGAUGAUGAUGUGGGUGAUGAAGAUACCAAUGAGGAGGCGCCCAGUCACAAAAAACCCCAAGCACAAGUACAGCCCCAACCUCAAUCGCAGCAGCAGACACAGCGGCAAAUUGCUCAGUCCCGUGACUCCGAAAUGGAUGACGAUGACGACGACGAUGAUGAUGAUGACGAUGAUGAUUCCGACGAAUUUGACGAUGAUGCCUCUUCGACGGAGAACCGUAAACCUCCCGCCGUUGUGGCCAAUGCUGUUGUAAAAUCCCGUUUCUCCUGCGACUUAUGCCAAGUGUAUUUCGAUUCUCAGCUAGAACUGCAGAAGCACGUUAAAAUGCAUUUCCUCAAUGGUCCCGGUUCCGUGACGUUAACCGGCAUCAAAACCUCCAAAUCGUCCUCUUCGUCCAACAAAAGUCGCAGCAGUAGUAGUGACGUCCUGGCGGUGUCCUCAUCAUAGAGAAUCUCCGUACAACAUCCAUACAAAUUUAGAAUUAGAUUUGAAUUCGUUCAACUUUUGUUUGUUAAUGUGCCACAAAUGAGUUAAAUUAUUUACCUUCACUUGCCCAUGUAGUUUCUUUCAAUUUCUGUUUCGAUUCCCUUACAUAGAACGAUGAAAAAGCAAACGACUAUUUGAAAGUAGUUAAAACAAAAUGCCAUAUUGUCACCCUACACCGGCUCACUCAAUUUUACUUACCUCUAUUACGUUGAUAUUCACAUAAUAUUUUGUGUGUUUUUAUUUAUUUUAUUUUCCUUUAAACAUUAGUAUACUUUCUUCCAAUUUAAAACACCUGUUGAACUUUGAAUUGUUAAUCAUUCUUAAACAUAGAUACCUUUUUGGUUUUGUUUCCUUUAAA